AUGAGCGGCCUGCCCUUUGGAAUUUGCAUCGUCGACAGCAGUGCUCGCCCUCUCCUCGAUGACUACCAGCUGCUAAGCCAGGACCACCACAGAGCACUCCUUGUCCGAGUAGCAGUCGUCUCCGUUCACUUCCGGCGCCUCAGGGCCCCAGCCACUCAUUUGCACUCUGGAAAACGCCGUCCGCUUGACGGCAGCCACUCUCUAUCGCCUGUAAUCGUCCUGUCUUUACGAGCCCGCAUCAACCUGCCCAGGUACCUGGAUAUGGCCUCGCAGCAGCACGAGAUCCGUCUUCGCUCGUCGGCGGCGGGAAGCCCUGUGACCGAUACCAGCAGCAUCGCCAGGACCGCCACCUUCGCUUCCUCCUCCUCCUCCUCCCCUGGAAUCUCACGAUCGCACAGUGCGUCUAGUACCUCGUCCACCUUUGACGAGUCGCAGGCGAUGCCUCCACCGCCUCUUCCCCGGAGCGACUCCUUCACUCGAGGCCGUUCACGUGCAUCCCCUUCCGUCUCGAGGCACAAGAACCGCCUCUCGCUUACCCUUCCCGUUGCCGUGCCCUUUGACGGCCCGAGGCUGGCCGACUCGCCGGCCAUCCUGUCCGCGUCAGCCAUGGUCUCGUCGGUUCCUCAAACGCCAUUGGAGACUCCUGCUUCCGUUGCCACCUCUCCGUCGAAUGCAAACGAGUUCAUAAUCGCAAUUGCGGCGCAGGAGCGGAGAGUAUUGGAGCUCAAGGAGGAACUCGCACAGGCUGAGACGGAAUUGGCACGGCUAAAGAAGCAAUGGGCAUCGGAAGAAGUCUACCGCAAACGAAGCAACAGCCACAGAAACGAUCCCUUUGGCAACUCGCAGGCCAGCAUCGACGAUGAUGCCUUGGUGGCAUCACGGCGUAGCGUUGAAUUGGAUCGUCGGAAGCACAUUCUCCAAGGCCAAACCACUCCUGCUCAGGCCCGCCGCAAGAUUAUUCGUGGUGGGCACGCCCGCACAUUAUCCCUUCUCUCUCCCGUACGGACCGAGAGCGUAUUCUCCCUCAACGAAGUCACACAAGCAGAUCCAAUCGCCCUCCCAUCGGUCGAACAGAGGAUGGCCCAGCUCACCGACCCGACCCUGGCAAAGCGAUCAUCCUGGCAACCCCGGUCCCAGCAAACCAUGGCGUCUGUCGUCGGCGUCGCAUCCGUUGUCGAAGACUUCAAGCUAGGAUUCCGCGCCUUCGUAGAGGACAUUCGCCAGAUUACCGUCGGAGAUGAACCGGUGACCGGCCAGCCGCAGAGACCACUGUCGACCUCCAUCGCCCAUGCUCGUGAGCAAGAUACGAGUAAGCCGAACCAUGCCACCACCCACACUAGGACCAGCAGUAAUGAAGGUUCCAGUACGGCCGCGUCGACCACAUCCCAAGCUAACAGAACCCCCGAGCUGAAGCCAAAGACCGGGACUGGGAAAGGGAACAAAUUCUCCUGGACACCGCUUGGUUUCGACUCUGUUGACGAUACUGACUGGUCCAACUGGGAUUCCCCCGUCUCCACCAAGUCUGCCCGCUGGAGUGGUUCUACCAUUAAUAGCAGUGGCAUUGAUGACAUUCCCGAGAAGGAAGACGAAGAAGAUGCCAAGCCGGCGAGGAAAGCCGAUGCAUCACUUCUUUCUCCGACGCUUGAGGACCUAUUUCCUAGCGUUGUUCAUCAUCUAUCCCCGAGCAACCUCAAGAGGACGGCCAACAACCUGAUGGAUGAAUGGGAAAAGUCACUGGUGGCUCCCGAGUCCCGAAGCAGCAAGGAAACUGCCACCGCAUAG